AUGUGGCACCAAAUCUCCACCCCAGGAUGGACAGCUGGUAUGCUUGCUUUGGCUUCUUGCUUCUCAUGGCUACCAACAAGCACUGCUACCCAUAUCCCUGUCGCCCCGAAGCUCUCAUUUCUAUACACAGCAUACGUAGAAUGUGAAGGAAACCUAAUGGAUACAACGGUUGGUCCACAUGGACAAAGGAAGGCAAUCCCUAUCGUCGGUGGAAACUUUAGUGGUCCUCAUCUUUCUGGCAAGAUUUUGGAUGUUGGAGCUGACUGGGGUCUCGUUGACCCUCGAACCAACAUAUUCUCUGCUGAUACUCGGUACAACCUCCGCACCGACGAUGGAGCAGAUAUCUUUAUUCAAACUGCUGGCCCCAAGGCUCCUGACGGUCAUUUGCAUCUGCGACUGGUCUUUGAGACCGGGAGCCCCAAAUAUUACUGGCUAAACAAUGUUGUUGCGAUUGGCAUUCUGACUUCAGGUCUCCCAUCCACCGGAAACCUGAGCUUGCUGCGAAUUGAUGCUUGGAAUUUUGCUUCUGAUUGGAACUCAACCGAUUUUGUGUAUUCAACCGCCUCUGUAUAA